AUGCGUCGCCUACGCAUAUCGUCUCUUCUGCCCGUGUCUUUGGCACUGGCCGCUACCGCUGCCGCGAACUCGAUUGUCUAUGUGACGGACCUAACCGUCUACACCGCACUUGCACCAUGUGCUCAAAAUGGUCUCAGAUACAAUGUCAUGGGCUUGACAGCCCAGGCGUGCCCCGAAGCCGUCACCGACCUCCAAGCCUGUGUCUGCACCAAGAACCAGAACUUCGGGUCGAUAGCAUCGGCCGUCUCGUCCUCGGUCGCCUAUUACUGCGGAUCAACCGCCAGCCAAGAUCAGGCGUCGGUGUCAACUGUCCUCAGUGUAUACUGCAACCAGGACGCCACCGUAGCUUUCCCUACGCCAGUCACGCCCGUCUCGGCGUACAUUACCGACUUCCCCGAGUUCGGAAAUCUGGCGUAUUGCGCUAGCUAUUACCUCUCAUACGUAGUCAACUCCUUGACGCAAGACGCGUGCCCGACCGACGCGACCGCCCUGGCGAGCUGCGCCUGCUCAAAGAACCAGAACUCGCUCGUGAUCAGCCAGGACAUCAAUACGUCAGUCAAGUCGGCAUGCUCCGGCCACACUGCCGAUGUGUCGUCGGCGCAGGCUAUGUUUGCCGCAUACUGCGCCCUCAACAACGGCACGUCCGCCUUCCCGCAGACGACAAACCCGCCUGGUGACAUGACGUACUACAUCUCGGACUUGCCGCAGUAUUCUUCGCUGGCUCCGUGUGCGGCCAACGCGCUCUCAUAUGCUGUUCUGCGGCAAACGGCCGGCCUGUGUCCCACGGGUCCUAUGGCGCUCGCGUCGUGCGCCUGCUUCAAGGACGGCAUGACGUCGAAUAUACUGAGCCAGAUCACCUCCUAUGUCAAGGAAGGCUGUGCCUCGACGGCAACCGACGACAUCUCGUCGGCCGUUGGAGUCUAUGACUUCUACUGCAAUGCCGCCAAUGCCAAGGUCACUGCGGAUGGCGUCACCAACUCGGUCUCCCAGCCAACACCAACAAGGUCUAGUGGCUCAAAGUUCACGGGCAAUUUUGGCGGGACCGGCGGCGGGUCUACUGGCAGCAGCGGCGGGAGUGGAAGCAACAAUGGCAAUGGCAGCGGCAGCAGCAGUGGAACCGGGACUGGAAAUGGGAUCGGGGGAAGCACUGCCCCUGCCACUAGCGAUACGGCGAACAAAGGAGGCCCUAGUACCGGUGUUAUUGCGGGCGUCGUUGUCGGCGUCGUUGCCGUGCUAGCCAUCGUCGGGGUCCUCGUCUUCUUCCUCGUCAAGCAGGCGCAGAAACGCAAGGCCGCAUCCCACCAUGCGCUCCCGGAGAACGCAUCUCCGAGCAAUUACCCGGAUCCCUAUGGCGGAAAGCACGAGCUGGCAUCCGAGGCAGUGGCGGCCGGCGCCGUCGCGGGUGCAGGAGCAGGGGCAGGGGCGCAUCCGCCGCCGAGCCCAUCUCCGAGCACGCUCAAGGUCGCGGGCCCUCCGCGCACCGACAACGUGUCUCCAGUCUCGGCACACGCCCACACCCUCACGCCGCCGCCGAACAAGCUCGACCCCUACGGCCAAGCUCAGCACCCACCCUUGCCCAACAGCGCCGAGCUGUACGGCCAGAACCCGGCGUACUCGCCAGCCCCUAACACCGCCGAGCUGUAUGCCCAGGGAGGCCACCAGUAUCCGCCGCACGCAAACAGGCCAGAACUCCAGGGGCAUGGCGCGCCAUACUCGCCUGCGGGCUCUGCCGAGCUGUAUGCCCAGGGAAGCGGCCAGUAUCCGCCCGCAAACAGGCCAGAGCUCCAGGGGCAAGGCGCGCCGUACCCCCCGCCGAACCGGCCCGAGUUGAUGGGCCAGUACGGCUAUCCGCAGCAGCAGCAACAGCAGCCGCCGCACCAGGGCUACUACAGCCCCCAAACGCCCCAGGGCCCCCAGCAACCGCCGGUCGAGCUCCAGAACAUGGUCUGGCAGUCCGGCCCCGUGCCUGGCUACUACGAGAUGGACGGGUCCCGCAACGCCAACCACAACAGCCUGCCUGGGCACGCCAGGUGA